AUGCGAGGAGCUCGAGCUUUAAACUUUCUUCGCAGAACGACGACGUUAGCUCAACAUAUCUGUCCUGCACCGCCGCUUACGGCGGUGACUCGUUUGCAGUUGGGUUCGUUUCUCGAAGAAAACCCUAGCGACCUUGUGUACACCCAUAACCGGAAGAUUGAUGAAUUGAUCAAAUCAGGGAACUUGACAUCUGCACACGAUAUGUUCGAUGGAAUGUCUGUGCGAGAUGUUGUCACUUAUAAUCUUCUCAUCUCUGGGAAUAGCCGAAAUGGGUUUUCUAUAAGAGCUAUAGAGCUCUACGCGGAGAUGGUCUCUCAUGGUCUUAGAGAGAGCGCUUCCACGUUUCCUUCCGUUCUGAGUGUAUGUAGUAGCGAUGAAUGGUUUUCUAGAGAAGGAAUUCAAGUUCACUGCAGAGUGAUUUCGCUUGGGUUUGGAUGUAAUAUGUUCGUCAGGUCUGCUCUCGUAGGUCUCUAUGCGUCUUUGAGGGUUGUUGAUGUUGCGUUGAAGCUGUUUGAUGAAAUGCCUGAGAGGAAUUUAGCUGUUUGUAAUCUGCUGUUGAGAUGUUUUUCCGAGACUGGAGAUUUCAGAAAGUUGUUUGGAGUGUAUCGUAGGAUGGAGCUUGAAGGUGUUGGUAAAAAUGGGUUAAGUUAUUGUUAUAUGAUUCGUGGUUGCUCUAAUGAUCGGUUGUUGUGUGAAGGGAAGCAACUGCAUUCACUAGUGGUGAAAUCUGGAUGGGACGUUUCUAAUAUCUUUGUGGCUAAUGCGCUUGUGGACUUUUACUCUGCUUGUGGUGAUUUAUAUGGUUCUGUGAAGUCUUUCAAUGCUGUCCCUGAGAAGGAUGUAAUAUCCUGGAACUCUAUUGUUUCUGUGUUUGCGGAUUAUGGCUAUGUGGUUGAGUCUGUUGAUUUGUUUAGAAAGAUGCAGUUUUGGGGGAAGAGACCUUCGAUACGUUCGUUCAUGUCGUUUCUGAGCUUCUGUAGCAGAAACGGAGAGAUUCAGUCCGGGAAGCAGAUCCAUUGCUAUGUCCUUAAAACGGGUUUUGAUGUUUCGAGUUUUCAUGUGCAGUCUGCUCUCAUUGACAUGUAUGGCAAAUGCAAUGACAUUGAGAGUUCUGUGUUGGUUUACCAGAGUUUGCCUGGUUUGACUCUGGAGUGUUGCAACUCGCUGAUGACUUCUCUGAUGCAUUGUGGCGUCACUAAAGAUAUUAGAGAGAUUUUUGGUUUGAUGAUGGGUGAAGGAACUGGAAUCGACGAGGUCACUCUCUCUACUGUCCUCAAGGCUUUGUCACUCUCUGUGCCAGCAAGUUCACAUAGCUGCACGCUUGUGCAUUGCUGUGCUAUUAAAGCUGGCUAUGCAUCUGACGUUGCAGUCUCUUGCUCUCUGAUUGAUGCGUAUUCAAAGAGCGGUCAGAAUGAAGUGUCUCGGAAGGUAUUUGAUGAGCUUGAUUCGCGUAACGUCUUCUGCUGGACUUCGAUCAUCAGUGGCUAUGCAAGAAACGGCAUGGGAAGAGAGUGUGUUGAGAUGCUGAGAGAAAUGGAUCGGAAGAAUCUUGUACCGGACGAAGUUACAAUCUUGUCUGUGCUAUCAGGUUGUAGUCAUUCCGGUCUUGUUGAAGAAGGCGAGGUGAUUUUCGACUCGUUGGAGUCGAAGUACGGAGUUUCUCCUGGAAGGAAACUCUAUGCUUGCAUGGUGGAUUUGUUAGGGCGUGCUGGUUUGGUGGAGAAGGCUGAGAAGCUGCUUCUUCAGGCAGGUGGAGAUGCAGACUGCGUAGCUUGGAGCUCAUUACUGCAGAGCUGUAGGAUACAUGGAAAGGAAGGGAUAGGGAAGAGAGCCGCAGAAGUUUUGAUGGAUCUUGAACCUGAGAAUUUCGCUGUGUACAUUCAAGUUUCGAAAUUUUAUUUUGAGAUUGGUGACUUUGAAAUCUCCAGGCGAGUCAGGGAGAUUGCUGCUUCACGAGAGCUCAUGAGGGAGAUCGGUUACAGUUCAGUCAUCGUGAAACAGUGA